AUGACAGACAUCGUAAAGUCCAAUGGAGAUGAGCAGGUUGAGAUCUCGACCACAAAAGAAGGCCAAGAGCUUGCAGUCGCCUACCAGAUCGAUCCAGUAGAGGAGAAGGCAGUGUUGAGAAAGCUCGACCGCGUGAUUCUUCCGCUCAUGGCUCUUGUAUACUUUUUUCAAUACCUUGAUAAACAGAGUAUCAAUUAUGCAGCGGUAUUUGGUCUUUCGGACGAUCUUCAACUCUCCGGUACAGAGUUCUCCUGGGCUAUUUCUCUCUUCUACUUCGGCCAGUUUGUCUCCGAGUAUCCUGCAGCAUACAUGAUGAGUAGAUUCCCAAUCACCCUGUUCGUUGGGAUAACAGUCAUUCUCUGGGGUUUAUGCGAAAUAAGCCUUGGGGCUACGCAAAACUGGCCGGGGCUGGCAACUGCAAGAUUCUUCCUAGGCUUCACGGAGGGAGCUGUUGCCCCCUCAUUCAUGAUCAUUACAAGUGGCUGGUAUAAACGUAGUGAGCACCCAGUGAGAAUCGCCACAUGGGUUUCCAUGUUCGGUAUCUCUCAAAUCGUUGGCGGAGUUAUGAUGUACUGCAUUGGUGGCGCUCACAUGGCUCUUGCAUCGUGGCGCGUUCUUUUCCUCGUUUGCGGUGGUCUUACUGUUACUUGUGGCAUACUCUUCAUGAUUUUCAUGCCUCGCAGUACCACGACCGCAUGGUUCUUAAACGAGCGAGAACGAAACAUCGCAACUGAGCGACUGGCAGUUGAUCGCGCGACACGAGACCGAUCCUCUUUCGACGUAGCACAACUGAAGGAAGCGUUGACCGACCCGCGGACCGCCCUAUAUGCACUCAUGGCACUGUUCAUCACCCUCCCAACACCAAUCGUCAAGUUCUCUUCUCUCGUCAUCAGCGGCUUCGGCUUCACGCCGUUCAGAACAAUGCUUGUUGGACUACCAGGCGGUGCGAUAUCAUUCGCGCUCGUCUGGGUAGGUGCCUUAGGUCCUGCACUUCGACCUAACACCCGCUGCUUCAUCGGCAUCUUUGUCGCUGCUAUGCCAAUGAUGGGCACAUUACUUCUACUGCUUCUACCUGCUAGCAAUAGUUGGGGCAUCGUGGUCAGCACAUGGUUUGCUGGAUCCACUGCGCCGCCCCUGUCCGUCACUGUUGGCCUCAUGGCAUCGAAUGUCAAAGGAAACACCAAGAAAUCUGUGGUUAGCGCAGUCUUCUUCAUCUUCUACACUAUAGGAUGCAUUGUGGGCCCACAGUUAUGGCAGAAGAAAGACGCGCCAAGGUAUACCAAAGGAUGCAUCACAAGUGUGGUCAGCUUUUGUUGCCUAAUCAUUUGCUACAUUGUGUACUACAUGACUGCGAAGAUCAGUAAUCGGAACAGAGAGGCGAUUAUGGACAUGGACGAACCUAUGGACAGUAAUGGGUGCCAAGUUGGCGUCAGUGUGGAUUCUGAUCACACUGAGAAGCAAGAUAUGGCUUUUAGAUACAGCUACUAAAUGGAUGCAGAGAGUCGUCAUCUAUCGCAAGGUCUUGUAGGACUCUUUACAUCUUAGAAUGGGG